AUGAAAGAAAUUGAAUCAAAAUAUUGGGAUGAUUAGAGUAAAAGAUUUUUGAAGAUAAAAUUACAUACUUUAUUUAACUCAGAAAAUAAAAUCAUUUGCUCUAAGGAUGGGUAAAUUUUAAGGAUGAUCUUGUUUUUAAUGGGGAAGAUCUUGUAAAUUUAGAUUAAGUUAAAUACCUUAGAUGGUUUGGAAAAUGUGGAGAAAAAAAUGAUAAAAUAGGCAAUUGGGAGGCAGUUUGGAAAGAAGAAAUUUUGUCCAAUGUUGGAGGUUAUUACUCCAAAAAUGGAUAAAAAUAAGGUAUUUGGAAAGAUCUAAUAACAACGUAUUGGAGUGAAUCCCAGGUAUAUGAGGUUGGAGAAUAUAAGAAUGGUAUCAAAGUAGGAAGGUGGAAACUCCUUUAUGACGGUCAAGAGAUGUAAUGAAAUUAAAGAAAUUUUUAGAGGAGGUGGAUCAUACAACUUUUAAGGCUAGAAAGGUGGUAAAUGGUUUGAAUUAAGCGAUAAUUUUUGGAAUAAAAGUUAGCUCAUGUAUUAUGGAGAAUAUUUCAAUGGCAAAAAAGUAGGUCUAUGGGAUAUUCUGUAUAAAUCAAAAAAUGACAACAAUCUCUUUAAAAUCGUAGGCUGUGGAACUUACGUUUAAGAAAAACAAAAUGAAAGCAUUUAAAUAAAUAUUAAGCAAGGAAAAUGGAUUGAAUAAAAUGAUUAAUUUUGGGAGUAUAAUAGUUUUUAAAAUUUAGUGAAGGUUAAAUUAUUCACUCUGGUGUUUACAAAGAUGGAAGAAAAGUUGGUAAUUGGGAUAUUUUAUACAAAUCCAAUAAAUUACAUUCAAAUUAUGUAUAAAUGUAAAAGAAUAUCAUAACUUUUCAAAUCAAGGGGAGGUGGAUAGUAUGAACUAAAAGAAGGUGAUAAUGGCUUUUAUGAUCAAAUGAAGAGUGGAAGUUGGAUUGAAUUAAAUGAUGGAUUUGGAGAGUUGAGAUAAAUAAUUCAUACUGGAUUUUAUAAAAAUGGGAAAAAAGAUGGAUAUUGGGAUGUACUGUUCAAGUCGAUUGAAACAAAUUAAUUCAAAAAGAUUGGUGGUGGUUAAUAUAUGAAUGAAGGCUAAAAGGAUUCAGUAAAAGUUGGAGAUUGGAUAGAAUAAUGCUCUAAAUUUAAUUUAUUUAACUAAUUGACAUAUAAUGGCAAAUAUAGAGAUGGGAAAAAAGUUGACAGAUGGGAUGCUUUCUUUAAAUAAUAAGGAGAAAAUAACAAAUUUAAUUUAAUUGGUGGUGGAGUUUAUAGUAGUACUAUUGUUAACGAUUCUACAGUCAAGAAUGGUAGAUGGAUUGAAAUGAAUGAUACGCUUUGGGAAUAGAGCUUAGUUACUUUAGAAGGAGAGUAUUAAAAUGGAAUAAAAGUAGGAAUAUGGAAGUCUUAUUUUAAAGAUGUUAUUGCUCAGAAGAAGGAAUAAAUGUAAGAUGGUUAUUUGUUAUGCUUUUUAACAAGAGGUGGCGGAGAGUAUAUCAUAGAACGAGAUGGGGAUUCCUAAAAAACUGGAAGGUGGAUUGAGUUGAGUAGUGGUUUUAGGUGGAGUGAUCAAGUUACUUUUAAUGGUCAAUAUUUAAACGGCAAAAAGUUUGGCAAAUGGGAUAUGUUUAAUAAGAAUGGUGGCUUGUAAAAAUCAUAAUUUGAGUGCAUUGGGGGAGGAUCAUAUGAUAUUAAACAAAUUAAUUCAGUAUUAAGUAUUUCAAUUAAGUCUGGAUAUUGGAUUGAGUUCGAAGAUAAGUUUUGGCAUUAAAGUGAAAUUCUUUUUGUAGGUGAAUAUAUAAAUGGUUUAAAAGUUGGUGAAUGGAAAAUUCAAUAUAAAGAUGUACUUACUAAAAAAAUUUCAAUUAUUGGAGGAGGAUCGUAUAAGAUUAUAUAACAAAAUAAUGGGUUUGAAAUUUCAAUUAAAUCUGGAGUUUGGAUUGAAUUGGCUCAAGAAUUCACUUAUAAUAAUUAAAAAGUGUAUUUAGGGGAAUAUAUAAAUGGUAAAAAGACAGGGAAAUGGGAUAAAAUGGAUAUAAAAGGAAACGGUGUAAGAAAAAUGUAAAACUAAUCUUGA